AUGGCCGCCGCCUCGCCUCAAACGGAGACAUUCUCCGUCUUUCUGCAGGGAUACCUUUCACGCCCUGAUCACUUCUUCGAAGUAGUCUCGCCCGGCAGCAAUCCGCAACCACCCAACCUGAUCCGAAAACGAUUCAUCUUCAAACAGGCCUCUUUUAGCGGAUUCACGACCGAUCUCGAUCCGAGUUUGAACCCCAUGCAUGGACAGAUUGGUCUCUAUGUCUCAGGCUUGACGGACCCAGAGGUCCAAAAACUAGACGACUUUACACGGAAUGUAGUCAUGUCGACAUGCAUGAAAAUGCAAGGCAAGGUGUCACUCAUGUGCAACCACGGAACGAAUCAACAAUUUGCUGGUCACGGAAGUGGACCUAGGGCCGGAAAUUCCAGCAACAUAGCGAACCAAGCAGCUCAACCCUGGGAUGGAUUCCAAAACCAGAUCGACAACGGGAAUGGAUCCUCAUCAUCCUUCGGCAACAUCUCAACGGCGCUGCACGGGCUGCUUGAUUUCCCCGCAUCUCACGAGUCCAGCGUCAACUUCAUGGUUCAAAAUGAUCUCAGCUAG